UGGGGAAGGUUCAACACCUCCAAACUUUAGUAGAUUUUACUCUUUAUAAACGUUCGCGACUUCGAUCAGUUGAAUAAAAGUGCUAAUCAAAGCGGUUAAUUUCUCGUAGUUUAUGUAAAAUGACCGCGUUGAGUGGAUUCGUCGAGUUCUUCCAAAAAGGAAAGACCUUCAGACCAAAGAAGAAAUUUGCUCAUGGAACGCUUCGCUACUCGCUUCACAAACAGGCUCAAGCCUCUCUUAAUUCUGGAAUAAAUCUGAGAACGGCGGUUAAAUUGCCAAAUGGAGAGGAUUUAAAUGAUUGGAUCGCGGUACAUGUGGUGGAUUUUUUCAAUAGAAUAAAUCUUAUAUAUGGGACGGUCUCGGAAUAUUGUGAUUCUGCGUCUUGUCCCACAAUGAGCGGUGGAGCACGAUUCGAAUACUUAUGGGCUGAUGGGGAAAAAUAUAAAAGGCCAACUGCUUUACCUGCACCACAAUAUGUCAGUCUUUUAAUGGAUUGGAUUGAAGCUCAAAUAAAUAAUGAAACGAUAUUUCCCGUAUCAACUGAUGUACCCUUUCCAAAAACGUUUAUACCUCUUUGUCGCAAGAUUUUAACACGCCUGUUCAGAGUUUUUGUCCAUGUGUACAUACACCACUUUGAUCGUAUUGUAACUAUUGGUGCAGAGGCUCAUGUCAAUACCUGUUAUAAACAUUUCUAUUACUUUGUCACGGAAUUUGAUCUAAUACAUUCAAAGGAACUGGAGCCCUUAGCAGAAAUGACAUUGAAAGUAUGUCGUGAUCCCACAACACCCGUACAAGUCACAGCUUUGACAAACAGCAGUGCAAGGUAGUUUAUCGAACAGGUAAGAAUGCUUUAACAUCAGGUAAAAUGUUAGAAUACUUCAUUGGAGCACUUGUUACUUAAACCAAAGUAUAGAAAAAUGUGGAGGAGAAGUGAGAAGAAAUAGAGGAGAAUUGGUUGCAAAAGUAUGCAAAUUUGUUGUGGAACAAUAUAAAGGAUGUUCAGUAAAAUGUAUAAAAAUUGUAUUUCCUGGAGCAUCAUCCAUAGUUGUCAUUUAGCUGGAUGUACAUUACUCAAAAUCGCUCAUAAUAUUUGUACAUUGUUACAAUACAUCCUCCAGUUAUUAAAUGGGUGCUGUUCCUGAAGUUUAAUAUAUAAGUAAAUUAUUUUAUACAUAAGGGACUAAUUAGUACGAUGAAGUGAACACUACAAAUAAUUUUUGUACAUUUUACGGAAGGCAUCCUCAGCUCACUCUUUAAUUAUAUGCUGUAUCUACAUUACAAUAUAACGUAAAUUAUAUCCAUUUAACUGAACUCACUCUCUAGAUCUCCACGAUUGUUUAUUGAACUUUUCGUAUACAGUAAAAUUUUACAUUUAUGAAAAAUGUAUUUGCUUAGUAUUACUCGUAGAUUAAUGCGAGGAUAUUUAUUCAUGCGGAUGUGUUACCGAGAAUUAAUUGAAGAAGCAAAAGAGAAGUAGAUAAUUUAAGUGUACUAUUUAAUUCGUUUACAUUGAACCGGUUUCAAGUGAUAUAAAAAAAAAUGCUUUAAUAACGCAUGUACUUAAAGGUUUAACAGACAUCGUUUAAGGCGUAUGUAUUAAGUGAAAGAAGGUUAAACUCGACAUAAUUCAAUUCUGUAGACAAAUGUAAUACUCGGAAACACUUAUUUUAGAAUUAUUUAUAUUAUUUAGAUAAGUAUGUUUUUAAUCACCAUUUAUGCAGGAGCAAUAUUCAUGUUACAAAUUACUUUACUCCUACCAUCACCAGUUGAUAUUAUAAAAACCCUGUACUUUUUUAUCUUCUAGUCAGUAUUGAAUGAAAGUCUACGUAAAAUUGAAA